CUGCCUUUAUCAGGAUUGAUCUCUGCACGUUCCUUGGUAUCCUAGCAACCAGCAGAAACUUUCCGAGCAGAGCUCAGACCAGGCGGAUGCUCCCAGAAGCCAAUCACAUGCCCAUGGCCGUGACUUAUUAACUUUGAGCCUAUCAGGGUAUGUUAUUGUGGAUCCCUAGGACGACUAGUCCUGGGAACCACUUUGCUGUACGGAGGCCGCCUCGGAGCUCACCGUUGCUGGCCUCCCCAGGCCAGCGCCCAAAGGAAAAAUGAGCUUCUCCAUCACGUUUGCAGAGCUGGUGAACAUCGCGAUUGGCACGCCUGAGCUCGGCCAUGUCAACUUCAACGCCCUGCACGUCCUGCUGCACAGCCUGCUGGAGCACCUGCAGCUGCAGGAGGCCAGGAGGGAGAUCUCCAAGGAGGAGAGGGAUUUUCUCCAGCCUGCCGCUAGCUUUGCAGCUGAACACCAGGGCCAGGAGCAGGCCUCCACAGAGAGGCAAUCCAGCUCGCUCUUUCACCAGCUGCAGGAGAGGCUGACGAAGAUUGAAAGCCAGCUGCUCCACCUGAUCCCUCCCCCUACCACAGCCGAGCUGCUGACUCGCAGCCAGUCCCUCAACAAGCCUGCCGAGGAAAUGUGGCAAAUGAUGCAGCUGAAGAAGAAGAUGGAAAUGAAUGAGGAAGGAAUGACGAAGGCCAUGAAUACACUGCAGGAUCUGCUCACCAACAUCUACUCCCUCCAAACCACUGUCAACACCUUCCAGCACGAGCUGGAGGUCUUGAAGGACAGCUUCCAAAAAGUCAACAUGGAUGAACUGAGAGAGCGGCUUGCCCAGCUGGACCAGCAGAGCCAGCUCAUCCAAGCUAUCCUGGACAGGCUGGACAAGCUGGAGGCCCAGCUGAGCUCUUUGCCCGGGCAGGAAGACAUAGUGAAGUGGAGCGCUCUCUUCAACUCGCUCUCCGCCACGAGCCCCUCAGAACCGGGGCCCAACCUCAACGCGAAACGGGAGACGGUCAGAGAAUCCCUUAGCAGGCUGAGCCAGCUACCGGACAAGCAUGAAGCCUUGGGGAGCCGCAUCAGCCUGCUGGAGAGUGAGCUCAAGCAGCAAGCGGAUCGCCUAGACAAAAUUGGGCUCACAGCUGCCGUCGCCGCUGAGCUGGAGAGAAUGAAAGAGGACAUCAGCAGCCUGCAAAGCAAGCAAGACAAGGGGAAGGACUUGCAGAAGGACUUGCAGGCCCAGGUGCAGAAGCUGAAGGAGCAGUACGAGAAGCUGAAGAAAUCCUCGGAGAGGCUGCUGAGCAACAUGGGGGACUUCCAGAACCUGCGGGCGAUGGUCCAGCAGCUGGACCUGAACAAAGCAGACAAGGCCCUGCUGGAGCAGGAGAUGAACGUGAAAGCAGACAAGAGUGCACUGGAGGCCAUGGUGAACCACGGGGAGCUGCAAAGCGCCACAGCUCAGCUGAGCGACAUGAUGCAGGAUCUGCUGCAGAAGAUGUCCCUGCAGGACAAGGACUGGCAGAAGGCGCUGGAGAAGCUCUUCACUGACAUGGACUCCAAGCUGGACCGCAUGGCCCUAGACCCUCUGCGGAAGCAGCUGGAGGAAGUGUGGAAGUUCAUUAAGAAAUAUCUGAGUGAGGGCCCCCGCUUUGAUGCUGACAGUGCCGCUGGCUUUAAAAGGCAGCUCUUUGAGCGAGUGAGGUGCAUUUCCUGUGACAGACCCGUGGCCAUGAUGACUGGGCCACACCUGGUGACUGUCCGAAAAGCAAAUCUGUUCUCCCGGCCGCGUCCCGCCAGUGCCAAUGGCUACGAGUACCUGGCACUUCAGCAGCAAGCAAGGGAGCAAGCUUUGGAGGGCAAAGAAGGGCGUGAACUGACCAGCCGUGGGCAUCUCCCCUCGCAGCAGUGCUGGCAAUGCCAAGGGCACAUCCCCUACCCUGUCAAGCGAUUGUCCAAGACCAAGGCUCUUACCACCAUGUACCCCUACGGAGACCCGACAGUCCUCACCUACGAUAACAACGAAGUGGAUAUCCUGGGCAUCAAUGGGGUUCUCUACAAGGGCAGGGUGAGCUCGCUGACAGCGAACCGGAGCCCCUCCCUGGAGAAGGAGUACUCAGGAGCAAAGACUCCCCAGCCGCCCACCAAGCCCGGGAUGGAAAGGACACGCUCUGCCACCUCCUAUGGCAGCCACUAUGUGUCACCCUAUGCAUCCUCUGUCAUCCGGAUGAGGGCCACGUCCGCAGGGAGCAAGUCACAGCCUGCCCAGGAGCUGCCAACCUGCACCGUGCAGGUGAAGACCGGUGAAGCCCCGGGGCAGCUGCCAAGCAAGGGGGGGGUGGCCAGCCCGUGAACC